AAAUUGGAUUCUAGCGGCACCCCGGAAACGUCCUAUUGAAUAUAAUAAAACGCAUUAGUUGGUUUUACAAGUCACAGUUGAACAAACAUGAAUUCUAUUGUAACGACUUGUCCUAAAGUUUCUCUUUCCAAUGGCCUGCAAAUUCCAAUUCUUGGACUGGGAGUGCAGAUGAAGGAGAAGAUGAUUCUAAGGAGAGUGAAACACCUCAGACUAUUGAGAUGGCCCCAUUGAAAGGAAGAAGUUUGAAAUUCAUACCAGUAAUUCUAAAAUCAGGGAAAGUUUGAAAUUCAUACCAGUAAUUCUAAAAUCAGGGAAAGUUUGAAAUUCAUACCAGUAAUUCUAAAUCAGGGAACGUUUGAAAUUCAUACCUGAAAUUCUAAAUCAGGGAAAGUGAUGUAUCUUUCUUUUCUUCCCAAGGAACAUCACAUGACGGCGGGUAUUCACAUGACGCCAUGUUGUAUGCACUCCGCGAGUGUGGCGUGCGGCACAUCGACACAGCGAAGCGUUACGGCUGUGAGGAGCAGCUGAGUAUAGCCGUGCAGGAGAGCGGAGUACCGCGGCAAGACCUAUGGCUUACAACCAAACUGUGGCCCGGAGAAUACGGCUAUACCGCUUCCAAAAAGGCCUGCCGCGACUCGUGUUCCCGCCUAGGGGUGGAAUACCUUGAUUUGUACCUGAUGCACUGGCCAGAUGCCAUGGUCCCAGGAAGGUCCAAUAGGGAGGUCAGGGUGGAGACUUGGAGGGCCUUGGAGGAGCUGUAUAAUGAAGGCGUGUGUCGUGCCAUCGGCGUGAGUAAUUUCCUCGUCUCCCAUCUGAAGGAGCUGAAGGAGGACUGUAGUGUGGUGCCUCACGUCAACCAGGUGGAGUACCACCCGUUCCAGCAGCCAGAGGAGCUGGUGGAGUACUGUCGCCAGGAGGGCAUCGUGUUCGAGGGCUAUUGCCCCCUGGCCAAGGGUCAAGCUCUCAGCCACCCCACCAUCCUCCAGCUGGCACACAAGUACGCCCGCACGCCCUCUCAGAUCUGCAUCCGGUGGAGCGUACAGAAUGGAGUUGUCACCAUUCCCAAGUCCACCAAAAACGAGAGGAUCCUGGAAAACUGUCAAGUCUUUGGGUUCUCCCUCUCAGUUGAGGACGUGGAUCGCGUCAGGAGACUCCACAGUGACAUGAAGCUCAUUCAUCUCAGCUGGCCACUCUGGAAAGGAUUAUCGUCUUAAAUAAAAUACAAAACUUUUAGAGAUGA